AUGACAAAAGACACGCCUGUCUCAGUAUCCUCCGAUACGGAUAAUGUUUCAACACAACCACCACCAAAACGAACAUGGUACCAUACCACCCUCUUCAAUGCCUUCAUCAUCGGUGGUGUGGGCUUUAUGGCUCCGGGUUUAUGGAAUGCAAUGAACUCGCUAGGUGCCGGAGGUGCGGAAUCGCCGUUUUUAAUUAACGCGGCGAAUGCGUUGGUUUUUGGUCUGAUGGGUUUCCUGUGUCUUUUUGGUGGCCCAAUUGCCAAUCGAAUUGGCCUCAAUUGGACCUUGUUGCUGGGGGCGGUUGGAUAUCCGAUUUAUUCGGCUGCAUUAUAUACGAACAACCGCUAUGGAAAUGAAUGGUUCGUUCUUGUCGGAGCAGUGGCCUGUGGGUUGUCCGCCGGUCUUUUCUGGGCCUCCGAAGGCGCCGUUGCUCUGGGGUAUCCGGAGCCAGCUAAACGCGGUAGAUACAUGAAUAUCUGGCUUUGGUUCCGCACGGGUGGCCCUAUACUGGGUGGUGCUAUUGUGCUUGGGAAAAAUAAUUCUGCAAACGCAAAGAGUAAGGGAAAGAUCGAUCCGAAGACAUAUCUCAUCUUCGUCGCAUUGCAAUGUCUUUCGGCUCCUCUAGCAGUCUUCCUAUCACCACCCGAGAAGGUCCAACGCAAUGAUGGAAGCAAGGUCAAGAUCAUCAUCCAGAAUUCAUGGCGUGCAGAAAUGCGAGAGCUGUUUAAGCUUUCCAUGCGAAAGGAGGUUCUUCUACUAUUACCGGUAUUCUGGGCCGCCUAUUUCAAUCAAUAUAGUUCAAACUUUGAAACAUACUAUUUCGGUGUUCGAGCUCGCGCUUUGAUUGGAUUUGUUGUGAACUUCGCAAACCUCUUCUCAUCCGGAAUCAUCAGCCGAUUCUUGGAUUACCGAGGCAUUUCGACCAAGAACCGUAUUAUCUACAGUUACUUCUAUGUUAUCAUCGUGCAUAUCAUCGCCUGGGUGUACGGCUGGGUGGUUCAGGAGCAGUUCACUGCGACUUCGCCCGUAUACGACUGGUCUGACAAAGGCUUUGUAAAGGGUCUUUUCGUCAUUUUGCUUUGGCAAUUCUCCCAACAAGCUCUGCAGAACUGGCUGUACUACCUCGUUUCAACAAUGACGGACAACAUUUCUGAACUAUCUCGACUAUCCGGUAUUCUCCGUGGCCAAGAGAGUUUCUCCCAAGCCGUCUCGUUCGGGCUGAAUACUCGGGAUUGGCAUGGAGGCAGAGUUCCUCUUGCCGUGAAUACGAUUCUUCUUGGACUCGCGGUGCUUCCUACUUGGCUGGUUGUUCAGGGGCAUACUCCUAUUGAGCAUGAUAAGAAUGAGGCUAGAAGUGAGAGUCGGGAUGAAGAGCGGGGGGUUGUGCAAAGUGUUAAUGUUGCUGGGAAAGGGAUUUGA